GGGCGGGGCAUGCUCCGCGCGCAUGCGCGGGGCGGGCGCCGCGGCGCUCCACGUGGGGCGGCGGAGCCGCGAGGUCCGGCGCGGCCGCGGGGGCGGGUCCCGGCGGGGGUGGGGGGCGGGCGGGCGAGCGCCCCCCGGCGGCCGCGGCGGCGCAUGGGGCGCCCCGCGCCGCCCCCGCGGUGCCCCCGGCGCGCGGCGGGCUGAGCCCCGAGCGGGGCCAUGCGGGCGGCCGCCCGCGCCCUGGGGCUGUGCCUGGGGCUGUGCGCGCUGGCGCUGCUGCUGGCGGCGCUCUGCACCGACCACUGGUACGAGACCGACCCGCGGCGGCACCGGCGGAGCUGCGAAGCCGCCCGGCGGCCGCCGCUGCCGCUGCGCCGCCACCCGCCGCCGCCGCCUCCGCCGCCGCCGCGCUGCGCCCGGCCGCUCUUCGCCACGCACGCGGGGCUCUGGCGGACCUGCUACUACCUGGGCACCGACCCCCGCCUCGACAGCCUCGUCCGCAGCGGCAUCGCUCAGAGAUGCACCGCUAUCAAGUACCACUUCUCCCAGCCGAUACGCCUGCACAAUGUCCCCUUCAACCUGACGAAGACGAUCCAGCAAGAUGAGUGGCAUCUGCUCCACUUGAGAAGAAUCACAGCCGGUUUCCUGGGCAUGGCUGCAGCCGUUCUUCUCUGCGGGUGUACCGUAGCAGCAGUCAGCUUCUUUUGGGAAGAAAGCCUCACCCAGCACGUUGCAGGCCUUCUGUUCCUGAUGACAGGAAUAUUUUGCACUAUAUCUCUGUGCACUUACGCAGCCAGCAUAUCAUACGAUCUAAACCGUCUCCCUAAAUUCAUCUAUAGCCUUCCUGAGGACGUAGAACAUGGAUACAGCUGGUCUAUAUUUUGUGCUUGGUGCAGUUUGGGAUUUACGGUAGCAGCUGGGUGUCUUUGCACAGCUUACCCGUUUGUCAGCAGAAGCAAGAUUAUGCAGCUGAAGUCUGCCAGAGAUUCCUCCGUAUGACUGCCCACCCAUCGCCAACGUGGCUCCAUCACGGUCAAACAGUAUUUUUCAGGACUUACUAAAAGAAACAAGUGAAAACUAAAUUCAGGAUUCCAAGCACAAAAACUUGAUUCUUCAAAAUCUGACUGUUGCAUUUUGCCAGUCCAACAAACUGCUCUCCCAUGCUGCCUAGCAGACAGAUGGGAAAAGGAGGCAGCUCUCAAGACAGAAUCAGCUGUUUCAGUUUAAUAUGCUAUAUGCGUGUAAAGGAAGAUAUUUGCACUGAAUGGCCAAAGGGGAGGAAAGUCAUUGCAAGAAUUUAGGGCUAUUUCUGUUUUUCAAGCGUCUGUACAUAAAGAAACCAAGGAAAAGUCGUUGUUGCCAAAUGACUGCUAGUCGGAUUUGUCCCCCUUCCCCAGGGCAUGCAUAAUGUUUUAAUUCAGCACCUUUUGCACUUGACCUUAAAGGAAGAUUUUGGUGUCCCCCUGCUGCCCCAACAGACCCUCCUCUUUAAAAUCAGUGUGUGCCUGUGUCUUUUUGCAUAUCUGGAGUGAGUGUUUGCUGUAACAGUACUCCAACUCGGUUCCCUCUCGUACCUGAGGUUUCUGUAUGAUUUGUAAGUAACCAAGAUUUCCAUUCCGAGGACCCGAGCUGCACUGUGAGAAGGAUUAAGUGACUCCUACCCAUUCCUGGAAGGCCUCUUGAACGUGAAAACAUUAGCCUCUUUGUUAAGCUACGAGAUCUGUAGUAAAAUACUUGCCUCUGUCAAAA